AUGGCGCAGCGCGUCGAGCAAAACCCUAGUCCGUGCAGCAGCAGCAGAGCCGGCCGAUGCUACCCCCAGCAGGGGCUCCGGCGGAAGCGUUUUCGAUACGCCGUUUGCGGCGCAAUUAUCGUCGGUUCUGCCGGCGUGGGGUUCGCGGCCGGCAGCAAGUUUCAGCCGCCUGUGGGACAGGUGGCUGGUGCCGUGGUGCUCGGCGCGCUUGGUGCGGGAGCCGCGCACGUGGUGAACUCGGCGAGUAAGGAGGUCGCUGCGGCGGACUUGCACAAUACGCUUGUGCGUUUAUCGGAUCCUCUUCAACUGAGACGAGGCGAGGCUGCGGAUAUUGCAAAUAAGUAUGGCGUGAGUCUGGAGGACGAGAGGUACCGGGCGGAAAUGAAGGAUCUCUACGAAAAAUUUGUGUCGUCUGUGAUUCCGCCCGGCAACGAGCCGCUGAGGGGCGACGAGUCGGAUCUGAUUUCGCGCUUCAAGGCGUCGAUGGGCAUCGAGGACGAGGAUGCCGCUGCGGCUCAUAUCGAGGUGGGGCGGCGCAUCUUCCGCCAGAGGCUGGAGACGGGCGACAAGGAGGCCGCCUUCGAGGAGCGACAGGCGUUUCAGAAGCUGGUGUACGUGUCGAAUCUGGUGUUUGGCGAGAAGUCCAAGUUCCUGCUGCCGUGGAAGCGCAUCUUCAAAGUGAGCGAUGCGCAGGUCGACAUCGCCGUGCGCAACAACUCGCAGGCGCUGCUGCAGGCGCAGCUCGACGCCACCAAAGGAGAUUUCACCGUGGAGAAUCUCAAGGAGCUCCGCGCGAUGCAAAAGAAGUACAAGCUCUCGGACGAUCUUGCUGCGGACAUGGUUCGGGCAGAGGCUCGGAAGCGAGUGGAGGAGUACAUCAACGAGGCACUAGAGGUGCUCAAGGCGCGCACACGCGUCAAGGACACGGCCAAGGUGGUGGAUGAUCUGGACGCCAUGAGGGCGUACAACGCGCAUCUGGCUGCCCUUGCCAAGGCUGCUGGUCCUGCUCCUGCCCGGCAUCGGCCCUGUCUCUGUCUUCGGUGGGCCUCUCUGCGCUGCCUGCCUGCUCUGCUUCCCCCUCUUCCCCCUCUUCCCCCGACCCCACCUUCCUUACCCCCCUUCCCCCGACCCCCCCUUCCCCACCUUUUUAUUUCCUUUUUGCAGAUGGACGAUCUGAAGCUGCUCUACAAGACGUACCUCGCUGAGGCCCUCAAUGCUCCGCGCCUCACCUCCGCCCAGACUGAAGCACUGGCAGAGCUGAGGAAUACCUUUGGGAUGGGCAAGAGGGAGGCGGAGGAGGCGUCAGACGAGGUGACGCGCAAGGUGUACCGCCGCAAGCUGGCGAACCUCGUGACCGGCGGCGAACUGGACCGGGCGGCCAGCAAGGCGGAGGUGCUGCAGGAGCUCUGCGACUCCAUGAAGUUCGACCCUGAGAAGGCUGCCCAGAUUCAUGAAGAGAUCUACCGGCAGAAGCUGCAGCAGUGUCUGGCGGACAAGUCUCUGAGCGACGACGAUGUAGCAGCACUCAACAGGCUGCGCGUGCUGCUGUGCGUGCCCAAGGCGGCAGUGGACCAGGCGCAUGGGGACAUCUGUGGAGGUAUCUUCACCAAGGUGGUGGACGAUGCCAUCGGCGCCGGCAUCGACGGCUAUGAUGGCGACAUGAGGGAUGCUGUCAGGGCCGCUGUCAAGGGGCUGCGCCUGCCUCUACAGUCUGCUUUGGAUAUCGCUACCAAAGCGGUCCGAGCUGUGUUCCUCACCUACAUCAAACGCGCCCGCGGCACCAUGAGCCGUGCAGAGGGAGCGAGGGAGCUGAAGAAGAUGGUCAUCUUCUCCAACCUCACCGUCUCCCAACUGCUCGACGACAUCCGAGGCAAGACCGACGAGCCUGCCGCCAAGCCUGCAGGCUCGGCAGCCACCGGCGAAGGCUCGGGCCCAGCCGUGACAGCCGAGGCAGAUAAGGAGGAGGAGAAGGAGGCAGAGGAGGAGUAUGAUGAUGAGAUGCCUCUGCUGCAGUCUAUGCGCAAGACGAAGGGGAAGCAGAAGGAGGGCAAGGCUCAGAAGGAAGUGUCUGUGAAAGAGGACUUAGAUCUGAGGGAACGGCUUGACCUAUACAAGUCUUUCCUGCUGUUCUGCCUGCAAGGGGAUACCACCGGCAUGCCCAUGGGAACAAGCCUCACUGUCCAGAGGGACACUUCGGAUUUUAUCCGCCUGUCUCAGCUGGGGGAUAUUCUCGGGUUGACCCCUCAGGAGGUGUCGUCUGUGCAUCAGGGGUUGGCAGAGCAGGCGUUUAAGGUGCAAGCACAGACGCUGCUGGCCGAUGGGCAGCUGACCAAGGCCCGUGCGGAACAGCUUAAGAUCAUGCAGCGGGAAUUAGGUCUCCCGGACGCUGCUGCGCAGAAGGUGGUGCAGUCUAUAACGAGUACGAAGAUGGCGGGCGCGAUCGACGCGGCGAUCAAAGCCGGGCGGCUGAGCGUGGACGAAGUGAAGCAGCUGAAGGAGUCCGGGGUGGAUAUUGGCAGCAUGGUGGCUGAAAAGGUUCGCCUGCAGAUGUAUACCAAGCUCGUGCAGAAGGAGUUUGACAAGGGCUCGGGGGAGUUUGAUGAGAAGGAGCUGCUGGAGAAGCUGCCUGGGGAUCUGGGGUUGGAUGAGGAGGUGGCGCGGAAGACGGUGAAGGAGAUUGCGAGGGAGCGGCUCAAGGGGUCGCUGGUGCUGGCCGUUUCGAACCUCCGGCAGAAGAAGCCCGACCUAGUUGUGGCGGUGUUGAACAACAUGUUGGCGUGUGACAAGGCAGACUCGGCAACGGAGGCGCUGAAAUGGUCAGUGAAGGAGGAGCUGCUGGACCUCUACUCGCUCUUCCUCAGCAAGCAUGAUGCUCAGAGCAGCGCUGCCGCCCGCAUGCGAGAGCUCCUCGGGAUUGACGAUGCCACGGCUGCUUCGCUCUCGGAGAUUGUGUCCAAGGGAGGGUUCAACCUGGACUUGGACUCUUCUGUGGAGGAGAACUUUGUGUUUUAG